AGGGUACGGUUGGGGUCCAUUUGUGACCACUUAGGGUACAAAUGGUGAAGUUGUACCCUCAGUGGGUCAUAGUUGCACCUUAUGGUACUAAAAUGUACCAUUUAGGAAUAAAAAAGGUACAAAAAGGUUUCAAACAGUCAGAGGGUCCAUAUUUGGACCAUUUAAUCUCCAAACAAAGGUACAAUCACUUGUGUAAGCAGUUUCUUAAUAUUAUUGUCUCUGGGUCACAAAACGUAGUUUUUAACAAUAUUUCAGGCGAUAAUAUAUAUGUAUAAUAUUCACAUCUGCACUCAUUUAGUAAAGAUAGCGCCUUUUAAAAAAAAUUAUUAGACAAAUUCGGAAAUACCAGCGGGCGGCAGUGUUCGUUCACCUGUUGAGCUGAUCUUGGCCACUCCUAUCAUUUGCUGCUGGCCUGGCUCUGACGUUUCUGUGUCUGACGGUCAAAAAUUAAAUUAAAUUUGUUUUGGGUAUAUCUAACCAACGGUAUGGUCUCAUUAAUCUAUUAUUUGUACAGAAUAAUGAAUGAAUCAGUUUAAAAAUAAAAAAUGUUGCUUAUAACUGUCAGCGGUGACGUCACACAACGUGUUUAUACCGGUUUAAGCUUUUUAGAGACUGUCACCCGAAACAUGUUUAAAAGAUACUUUUAUAUAUAUUUAAUUUAAAAUUGGACAUACGUUUCUUUUAUUGCAAAAUGUGAAAUAUGGUUAAUAUAAAUGUUUACAGCCGUUUUUCUUCGAAUUUGUGUCGUCCAAUGGGGUUGAACCCCGCGAAGCGUUACUACGCAAACAAUUUGGGACAACGACAGUUACUCGACAAAAUGGCGGUAUCACUUCAGUCACUAUCGACGGAGGAUAUUCUACAAAAAUUAAACGAAGCUGGAAUUCAUGUCACCCAAGACGAAGCACAGAAAUUCAGAGAGAAUGAGGUUGAUGGUGAAACAAUAGAUUGUGGCCUUACAGAAAACAUGGUUUCAUACUUAUUUGAAGGCUCCUUUAAAAAACAAGCUAAGUUUAACAAAUUUGUACGUGAGAUGAAGGAGGUGGUGACAAUAACUUUAGAGCCAGUGCCAGCAGAGAACUAUCAAGACACUUCAUCUACUGAAAUAAAUGCAACAAGUGGUCGACUGCCUGCUGAGUUUUCGAUUCCACCCUUUCCUAAAGAUCUUCAGGCUAAGCUUGAUAACAAAGAACCAUGCCAGAAAUCAUCCAAGGAGAGACACAAAAUCGUUAGAGUUCUCCAUGAAGCCAUGAUAGCACACACAAUGUAUCCAACCAAUGCAGAAUAUGUGCAGGUGGCGAAAGCACUUAUUGUGAAAUACCCUUUCCUAAAGGAUCUUGAAGGGAAUGGCUAUCACACUUGGCACCAAUCCCUCAAACGGAAAUUUAAAGCUGAGCGUGCACCUCUGGUCCAUGAUGACGAGGUAAGAAAAAGUAAGGACAAGUUUGGGUGCAAAAGACUGAGGCCCACUGAACAAUCUUCAACAGCGUGUCACAGAUCUAAUUAUGGGGAGAUUGUUGUCAUUGGUGAGGAUGCAUCCUCUAUUGAGGGUCAUGUAAAUGUCCUGCAAAUCCAGUACAGCAAGAUGCGACCAGACACCUUGGUGGUCAAAGACCGAAUGCAGCGAACUUUUGCAUGGCGAAGAAGGGAGAUUAGAGAUGGAAUGACUGUGGAGGAUAUACUUAAGAAAUACCCUUUCCUAAAAACACCAUCUGGGUUGUGUGAUGAGGUUGACAGAAUGCAUUCAUCAACUGUCAGCUUAAGCCAGCGCUUCAGGGAGGGGUUUACCAGUCUUGUGCCAAAGGUGCUUCAGCUUGUUCAAAAAAAUGCUCCACUUGCCAAAAUCUACAAAGAAGCAAGAGAUGAGAUGCUUGCAGAAGAUCUACCAGAUGCUGACUUUCGUGCUGCACUGAUUCUGCUGCCUCACAUCUUUAAAGAGAAAGCAGAGAGAUUUGUCACACUGGGAGAGUGUGAUGCUGAUACUCCAUACCCAACUAUACAGUUGGUUGAAACUGACUGGAAAACAGCUUUCUCCAAAAGGGUUCAAGUUCUUGUCAAAGUGGAUCGAGUGGAGGUGUGCCGGGGAAUGGGAGUUGAAGAAGGGAUAAUUGCAGCCUUCAGUGCUUACUAUGUUUUCAACUUGGCUUAUCCACCCUGCAUGAAGAAUACACUGACUUUCUUGCAGCAUGCCAUAGCCAAGAUCAUUGAGGUGGGUGGCAAGCCCCUUCCAAUAACUGUCACCCGAAUAAUCAAUAUCCUGUGCUGAACAUGCCACAACCAUAUCGAUGCACAAGGUGCAGAAGAAAAACCUUCACCUUAAUGAAACUAAUUCAACAUGUUGGUCUGGUUCACAACCACGAACCCAAUUUCAAUAUCGUAUGUGGACUAAAUAGCUGUAAGUCAUCUUUUACUGUAUACGAGUCAUUCAGACGUCAUGUCUAUCGUAAACAUAGGAAACUUGUUGUACCUCAUGAUGAUUUGGAUGGUUCUGAACACAUGGACACUGACAAUGAUUUUGAGAACAUGGACUGUUACAGUGAUCUGGAGAAUACCAAUGAUUCUGACAAUACCAAUGAUCCACUGCCUUGGCCAGAAGAAAUGUCUCCACCUAGUAAGAAUGAGCUUUUGAAAAACUUUAAAGAAAAUCUCUUCAGUUUUGUUCUUAAAUGUAGAGAAAAAAAUCACAUUCCACAGACUGUCCAGCAGGAAAUAGUUAAUGACAUAAAUUUUUUGUUUUGUUACUUUAAAGAUAA